AUGACUCAGAAUUACCAAAACACUACACAACAAAUCACCGACAAACCAGAAAACCACGGGAUGGACGCAGACCAGAUAGAAGAUAUCGAUGGUGUCCGAUUAACGUGGAACGUUUGGCCUUCGACUAAAGGCGAUUCUGAGAAGUUUCUAGAUAUUCCAAUUGGGUUAAUCUACCAACCACUUAAAGGCCAAAUCACUACGAACAAUCAGAUACAAUACACAAACCAACCAAUCACUUGUUCGUGUGGGUGUAUCAUUAACCCAUGGUGUCAAGUCGAUUACCAAUCCCAAAAUUGGAUUUGCCCGUUGUGUAACUCACGCAAUCAAUUACCAAAUGACCCCAGAUGUUACCAGUCGACCACCGUGGAAUACGUCACAUUGCCACAAACACAACAACCAACUUCUUUACUCUUCUUAAUCGACACAACUGCUCCUCAACAAGAGUUGGACGCACUUAAAUCGACGAUUUCGUUGUCAUUGGCGACUAUCCCACAGUCAAUCCAUGUCGGGUUGAUCGUCUACGGCAAACACAUUUCAGUCUAUGACAUGUCAUCGACGCAAUGUCCAAGAGCUUAUAUGUUAUCUGGACAAAAGGCUUACACCGCCGAGUCGUUAACAACGAUACUGACGACACGUGUGAUCAACCAAUUACUUGCGCCAUUGUCCGAGUGCGAGUUUGCAUUAAUGAACCUUCUCGAGGAUCUGUCGCAUGACGAGUGGAGUGUGCCGGAUGGUCGACGUCCCCUUCGAUGUAAUGGCGCUGCUCUUUCUGCGGCUGCUGCACUUUUAGAAGCAAGGAACAUUCCGGGUUCUAUUCAUAGUUUUGUGAGCGGGCCAUGUACCUUUGGUCCCGGGUUG